AUUUCGAGCUACGAAAACCGGUGAAUAUAUAAUUGGAUGAAGCAGAGAAAAAUGUGCGAAUAUUGUACCAUCUCAUUUAUCUCCUAGAUAGUUGAACACCGCAUUCAAGCAUAUGAUGAAUUCAUAAAAGUAUAGUGCUGUUAAAACAAAGGUAAAGUUGUUUAAUCUUAAUUAAUAGUAAAAUGUAAUGAGCGACAAUUAGUGUUGAUUCUUUGUUAAAAUUUAUAUACUUGAAAUUCAGAUCAUGUCGAGUGGGAGCGCAAACGUUUCCAGGGUUAGACCUACCGAUCCAACAUUUAUUUCAUCUACGCUGCAGUCAUCAACAAUUGAUAUAGAACGCGAUUCCUGUUUGUUCGGAAUAGUUGAAUACGAUGUUAUUCCUGCAGCUGCCUGUGCCAUUUGCGCAAUUUUUGGUCUAUUAUAUACAUUCUUCGGGUAUAAAUUUUUCAAAGCUGUUAUGUUCAUUACUGGUCUAAUGCUUGGUGGUUCAUUAACAUGGUUAAUAUGCAAAAAUGCAGAAGCCGAAGUGCUCGGUACUGGUGGUGCGAUAGGGAUAUCCUUUGCAGCUGGACUAAUGACAGGCCUUAUAACAAUGCUCUUGGAAAUGGUUGGCUUAUUUAUAACCGGAUUCGUAUUAGGAGGUCUUUUAGGGAUAUCAACCUUAGUCAGUAUUCUUUAUCUAGCUCCCGAGCCUCUAUCUAGAUGGAGCAGUCUCGGCUUAAUUCUGGGUAUUGGUCUAUUGUUUGCUCUUUCUACACUCUAUUGGAAAAGAGCUCUGGUCAUUGUAGGAACAUCAGGAACAGGAGCUUUUCUCUUAACAAUUUCGCUCGAUUAUUUUGUUGAAGAGUUUAGAGCGGUUAAAAUAAUACCGGCGGCAUUGCACCAAUUAAAAGACGAUCCAAAACCUGAACUCUGUUGGAUUUCUUGGGUUUUAUUAAUUUUUUGGCCAUUCGCCACACUCAUUGGCAUAGUGAUUCAAUUUCGUGUAACUUCAAAGACAAAAAAAGAAAGAUCGACUGUUGUGCGUGGAAGAAAGCAGAAAAGAAUAACUGUAAAAUCGGCUAGAGUUUACAGACCCACAAAUCCCGCCCGCAGCCAUAGGCCUAUGCAGCCCGUUGCCAGACAGCAACAACAACAGCAGCAGCAACCUCCUUACAACAAUUCAGGAGGGUCCGCUAACAGAUACAGACAAUUAUAUCAAGUUAGGAGGUUUAAUGGAGACGUGAUUAGUCAAUGCGGUAUAGAAAAUAUUAGACACGAAUUAUCACCUGCUAUGAGAACAGUCUUAGAAAGAUCUAGGUCUGUCAGUCAAGCAUAA